UCGUAGUCCACUCAUCAAAGAUGGCGAGCGGGGCGCUAUCCACGGCGGCGCUCUGGACCGAAGUGAACCGCUGCGGACAGAAUGGAGACUACACGAGAGCCUUGAAAGCUCUUCCUAAAAUUUUGCAAGCAAACAGGGAUGAUGUGAUGGCCCUUCACUGUAAAAUAGUGUGCCUUAUCCAGAAGGGCACCUUUAAGGAGGCUUUGAAUGUCAUGAACAUGCAGGCCAAGGUCCUUGGCAGUGAGCUUGUGUUCGAGAAAGCAUACUGCGAGUAUCGCUUGAACAGAGUGGAGAGCGCUCUGAAGACCAUCGAAGGUGCACCCGAACAGACGGACAAGCUGAAGGAGCUCUACGGCCAAGUGUUGUAUAGACUGGAGCGCUACGACGAGUGCAAGUCUGUCUACACAGAUCUGAUCAGGAACUCCCAGGACGAGUACGAAGAGGAGCGCAAGACCAACCUCGCUGCUGUUGUGGCCACUAUGAGCCAGUGGGAGAAGACGCCGUUGGAAGAUUUAGGCCUUCCCGAGACUACGUACGAGCUCUGCUACAACACCGCAUGCAUGCUGAUUGGCCGAGGUCAGCUGACGGCAGCGUACAAAAAGCUUCAACAAGCUGAAGCGCUUUGCAGGAGGUCACUGGCUGAUGAUUCGGACAUAACCGAGGAGGACAUCGAGUCAGAGCUGGCCGUCAUCCAUUCCCAGAUGGCGUACGUGAUGCAGUUGCAGGGUCGGACAGACGAGUCGCUCCAGCUUUACAACCAGGUCAUCAAGCUCAAGCCUUCCGAUGUGGGCCUGCUGGCUGUGACUGCCAACAACAUCAUUACAAUAAACAAGGACCAAAACGUGUUUGACUCCAAGAAGAAGGUAAAGCUGACAAACACGGAAGGGGUCGAAUACAAGCUGGCCAAAAAGCAGCUACAGGCCAUCGAAUUCAACAAAGCCCUGCUGGCCAUGUACACUAACCAGGCCAACGAGUGCAGAAAGCUGGCUUCUGGCCUUCAGUCGCAGAACCCGGGUCACCCGCGACCCGUUCUGAUCCAGGUGGCUCAACUGUGCAGGGAGAAGCAGCACAGCAAAGCAGUCGAGUUGCUCCAGCAAUUUUCAGAACAACACCCAGAGAGUGCGUCGGCCAUCAAACUGACAAUGGCACAACUCUAUUUAGUUCAAGGUCACGUCACAAAAGCCUGCGAUGUCCUGAGGUCCAUUGAAGAGUUCAAGCACAAAGCGGGCAUGGUGUCCGCUCUGGUGUCCAUGUAUUCGCACGAAGAAGACAUAGACGGGGCUAUUGAUGUUUUUCGACAAACUAUUCAGCACUACCAGUCCGAACAGCCGGGAUCCACGGCCCACUUGGCUCUGAUGCGAGAAGCUGCCAAUUUCAAACUGAAGUACGGGCGGAAAAAGGAAGCCAUUUGUGAUCUGGAGCAGCUGUGGACGCAAAACCCGAAAGACAUUCACACGCUGGCGCAACUCAUCUCCGCCUACUCUCUGGUGGACACGGACAAAGCCAAAUCCCUGAGCAAGCACCUCCCUUCGGCGGACACCAUGUCCUUCAAGGUGGACGUGGACGAGCUGGAGAACUCGCACGGAGCCACGUACGUCAGGAAAAAGGCAGCCAAAGUCACCGGAGAAAACCUUCCCAAAGAAGAAGGACAAAGGGAUCUGAAGAAGAAGAAGAAAAAAAAGAAAGCUAAACUACCGAAGAACUGCGACCCCAAAUCCACCCCCGACCCAGAGAGGUGGCUGCCCAUGAAGGAGCGCGCCUACUACCGAGGCAAGAAGAAGGGGAAGAAGAAGGAGCAGAUCGGGAAAGGCACGCAGGGGGCCACGGCGGGAGCCUCCUCAGAGCUCGAUGCCAGCAAGACUGCCAGCAGCCCCCCGACGUCCCCUCGACCGGGGUCCGCGUCCUGCUCGGCGCCCACCAACGUGAUCCCUCCGCGGCAGCAGAAACCCGCGUCCUCUGGGGCCACGCGCAAGAAGGCACAACAGAAGAAGAAAAAGGGCGGCAAAGGAGGCUGGUAGCCGGGGAACGAAGGACCAUUCAAUUUUUAUUUCAUUCUCGGGUCCUACCUUUUUUUUUUUUUUUUUUUUUAAAUUGACAGACAAAACCCUCCAACUCCCCUCUACUUUUUGUCUUAUUUUUACCGGACAUGAAACGGCACAAAAUGAACUCUCCAAGGCGGUUGCGAUAAAAAAUGAAAAUGUCUCUACGAGUGUUUCUUUUAUUUUUGUCUUGUGACCUUCUGUUACCACAAGACAAAACUCAUGUGAAGUGUUCCAAAAAAUGAAACACAUUUUAAUUAAAAAGUACAAAAUGAACCGCAUUGGG